CACCGAAAAUAUAUUCUGAGGAGAGAGAAAACAGCUCCCCCUCUCCUUCUCCGGCAGGAAAAACGAGCGGAAACGCACUCCCAGCCCGAGCCCCGCUGGGGAGGGCGCGGGGCGAGCCGCCCGCUCGGCGUGAAUAUUCAGCAGGGGUGGGGCCCGAACAAUGGCCGGCCGGCGGGCAGCGCGGACAGCGGCCGGGAUGCGGCUACCGGCCGGCGCGGCGCUCGUAGAAAGGGCCAGAGUAGGGACGAGACGGACCGGGAUGUCCCCGGUGAGGUGCCGAGGGUGAGGAGACGCCCCACCUCGCGCUAACAGAACGGAACAGGAUCGACCUGGCCCCAAACGCACAGAGGCUGACGGAGCCUUGUCUCCGGCAGGGGGCUACGUUUGUGACACGCUCGUAGGGGAGGAAUUCGUUGAGCAUCACCUGGCCGUCCGGUCCCAAGGCUUUCAGUGGAAAUAGUAUCCAAAGCAGCUUCUCUUAAUUGCCGUGCGCUGACUUCCUUACCUCCUUCAUUAGUGGCCAACUAAUCAUCAGGACCAGAUCGAGAAGCCAGCAAUGACUGACAUGGAUCACCUGGAUCACCUAAUUGUUGGCUAAAGACAGCUCCUUGAGGUUGGUUGACAAUUUCUGUAUUUGUGAAGGGUACAGUGUACCUCGUUGCCUGAUGUAUGAGAUUUAUGUGGAGACCUGUGGUCACAAUGCUCAGACCCAAGUCAAUCCAGCCACAUUUGGGAAGCUUGUGCGUUUGGUUUUUCCUGAUCUUGGUACCCGGAGGCUAGGCACGAGAGGAAGUGCCAGGUAUCAUUAUGAUGGAAUCUGUAUCAAGAGAAGUUCUUUCUUCUAUGCCCAGUAUUGCUACCUUCUGGGUGAAAAAAGGGAUCACAGUGGAGAUAUCAUUGCCUUUGAAAAAUCUACUAACUAUAACAGCAUUAUCCAACAAGAAGGAACAUGUGAAAAUCAUUCACCGAUAAAGACAGACCCCAUUGGAUCCCCUUUGUCUGAAUUCAGGAGAUGUCCAUUCUGGGAGCAAGAACUGGCAAAGAAGUACUCCUACAAAAUGAUGGCCUUUCUUGCUGAUGAAUACUACAACUAUUGCCAAGAGAUUUUACAAAACGUGAGGAACCAAGAACUUGAGAGGGUGGAGGACUUGCUCACUUCUUUCUGGAAAUCUCUGCAGCAAGACACAGUCAUGCUUAUGUCAUUGCCUGAUGUGUGCCAGCUCUUUAAAUGCUACGAUGCACAGCUGUACAAGGGAAUUGAGGACGUUCUCCUUCAUGAUUUUUUGGAAGAUGUUUCUAUUCAGUACCUGAAAUCUGUCCGGUUAUUUAGUAAGAAAUUUAAGCUGUGGCUACUUAAUGCUUUGGAAGGGUUUCCCGCCCUCGUGCAGAUCUCCAAACUCAAAGAAGUUACUGUGUUUGUCAAAAGACUAAGAAGAAAGACAUACCUUUCCAACAUGGCAAAGACUAUGAGAAUGGUAUUGAAAAACAACAAGAGGGUCAAUGUUUUGAAGUCGGAUCUACAUGCCAUCAUCAAUCAAGGUGCUUUGGACACUUCUAAGAAAGCCCCGCCGAGUAACCCGUGCAGCACGGCUGACCUGGAGAUGCACACAGAGAUGCAAUGUUUAAGCAGUUUGAUUUCUUUGCUGGGGACAUCCACAGACCUCAGUGUAUUCCUGAAUUGUCUGUCUUCAAAUCUCCAAGCAUUUGUCUUCCAGCCAAGCAGAAACAAAGAAGAGUUUAUCAAAUUGGCCGCCAGCUUCCAGCUGAGAUGGAAUUUCCUUCUUACCACUGUGAGCAAAGCCAUGACCCUCUGCCACAGAGAUAGUUUUGGCUCCUGGCAUCUGUUUCAUUUGCUGCUUCUGGAAUAUGUGAUUCAUAUACUUCAGUCAUGCAUAGAAGAGGAAGAGGACGACGAUGAUGUGGGAAAUCUCAAGGAAAUGCUACCAGAUGACCAGUCUCUUGUCCAGCCAGACCAGGCAACCUUCCACCCUCCAGAUUCUUCACCAGCCCUGGCGUAUGACAGCCCACAUAUGGAUCCACAUCGGGUGAUGCUGAAACACAUAGGCCAGAGCCGAUGUCCUGUGGGCGUGAACAGUGUGUUUCUCAGGGUCCUGGGCUUCCUGGUGGACACUGACACGGGUGAUAAGCUCAUCCAGGUAUUGUUGGAGGACAAGGCCACCGAAAGCACCUUCAAACUCAGCCUUCCUGUGGGACAAGAGGCCCUGGUAACUCUAAAAGAUGGACAAAAAUUUGUAAUUCAUGUAUCAGAUGUACCCCAAAGCUCUGAAAAUAUUUUUUUCAGGGAAAGCAACGCUAAUAUAUAAGAUCACUUCUUAGAAUAGGACAUGAGAAAACAUAGAUUUUCACUCUUAAAAAUAUAUUAAGUGCUAAAGCUUUUGUAUUGAUGAGAAAGAAGAUUUUAUGUACAUAAUAGAGGUAGCAUUGUCUAUUUUGUGUUUAUAUGUAUUUCAAGCAGUUAGUUUAGGUGAAUCAUAUAAACUGAUUUGGAGAAUA